GAGAUUGAGAGAGAGAUAGAGAGAGAGAGAGAGGGAGGGAAAGAAAAAGAAUCCCAAGCAGGGACAUCAGGCUUGAUCCUACAACCCUGGAAUAGUGAGCUGAGCCGAAAUCAAGAGUUGGACACUUAAGCAAUUGAGCCAGCCAGGCGCUCCUAGUGUUAUUAUUAAAAAAAAAAAUUUUUUUUAAUGUUCAUUUAUUUUUGAGAGAGAGAGAGAGAGAGAGACAGAGUGCGAGCAGGAGAGGGGCAGAGAGAGAGGGAGACAAAGAAUCCGAAGCAGGCUCCAGGCUCCGAGCUGUCAGCACAGAGCCUGACCAGGGCUCGAACCCACGUAUCGUGAGAUCAUGACCUGAGCCAAAGCGGGACACUCAACCGACUGAGCCACCCAGGCGCUCCGCCCCUGGUGUUAUUUUUAAAGAAGAAAGAUGAGAAAUUCAGGCCAUGGUUUGGGACCGUAACUCAGGAACAUUCUAGUAAAAACAACAAAACAAAAAACCCCCCAAAACCUUGGAAAACUUUCAAACGAGUCUGUAGAGAACCUUGUUUUCGACACGAAAAGCCAGCACAAAAAACUGGAGUCCCCUAGAGUCACCUGUUGGUGCGCGUGACAUGAGCGGCUCAAAGCCGCACCUAGAUCUGGGAGGCCCUGCCCCCUGGGCCCCACCUUCUUUCUCCCACUGGAGGGCAGAGGUUGGUGGGGAUGGCUCAGAGUGGGGUGACCCCCACGUCAGGGGACAUAGGCAAGGACAGUGGCUGUUCUUUGGGGCAGAGACCUUGUACGAGGUCAUCACAGGAGGUGUUCAGGUCUUUUGGGGCAGGACUGGGAGCCUCCUGGCUCUGUGGGUCCCGAAAGCGGAAGUAAGGCUAGUGACUAAGGCCAAUGAGGUUUCAGCCACAUGGGGUGGAACUUUCUGAGAGCACAGGAAUUCUUGCCAGAUGGCCAACAGCCCUUUCCAGGCGGACUGCCCUUCCCAGUAUAUGAUACUAACUUACACUGUCGCCUUUGAUCUUCACCAUAAGCCCGGAAACCCGGGCGAGGUAGCCUGUGGGGUUCCUUGCAGUUCUAGGCAUCAGAGGUCCCACCUCUUAAGACUCUCCCUCCUCAGGCCAAAUUCAGGCCGUACGCAUGCUUUUAGGCCCACAUAGUAUUUUCAAGAAGGUGGAAUCGGUUGCCAUCAUUCAAAAAUGGAAGGAUGUCCCAGAAAGUCCAGACUUGUAGGUCUGCUUGAGGGGCUGGAAGAGCUGGCACAUUGGCCCGCCUUCCUGCCAGGAAGGUCACCUGAGUAGUGGCUGCCCCCGCAGUCCCUAGUCUGUCCCCGCCUCCAGGCAGGCCUCCCUAACCUGCCCCACACCAGCUUUCUGUUUCAGGAUGUCUCUUGAAAAACAGGCUUCAGGCCAGCCCUGGCACCUGCUCUGCACUUGGGAGGGGUCUUCUCCUGUCCCCUCCUUUGGCCCCCUUGUCUGUAACCAAGGGGUUUCUCUUGCUCGCUCACCUGAAAUCCCUCUCUUCAGCAUCACUGUUCUCUUCAGCUCUGUCCCCGAUGGGACCCAGGCAGUAAGGAGCCAGGGUCACUGGCUGGAGGUCGGGAAGACCUGUUUGGUGUUGGACAAGGAACAGAAGGCUCUGAACCUCAGUUUCUCUACCUGUCAAGUGGGGGCAUUUUUGAGACGUGUGGGAUGUGGUGGCGGUGUGGUGGCCACGCACGGCGCCUGCCUCGACCUAGGGACCCCCCCCACCCCCGCCCCACCUUGGACAAUCUCAGCCAGUUCUGAGACCAGUCCGGUGAUUUUCCUCUUGCCAUCCAUCCCCUGGGGAAAAGCGGAAUUGAAACUGGGCGCGCCCCAAACGGAACCCUGCCGGCUAUUUCAAAAUGUGCCUGCUCAGGACCCUACGGAGGGGGGUUUGUGCAACAUCCGCUCUUCUUUUUUUCUUUUCAUCUGCCUGAGGGGCAGGGGCGUGGUGGCCAGAAGCCCAGGGGACUUUCCUUCCAAGGUUCGGAUCGUGGCACUCUUGGCAACCUUCUGGGGGGCCUGCUGUCCUCGGGCUUCCAGUCUUGUUUCCAUGUGCUGGCGGCAGCUUGAUGGAGGCGGUAGUGACACAGGGGAGCCCAGCCUUAGCCGUUACGCGGGGACUCCCGAGGGACCCCUGAGUCCCUUUUGUGUUACGCGCGGUGGGGCCUCCCCACUGUCGCACCCAGCGCUGCCCAGGCUGGGGAUGGCUUCCUCCUUUGGGGACGGGGAUGGCCUCAGGGGCUGCGGAGCCCGUGAAACAGGAAGUGGGAGACUUAGGGCCACGUGCAGUGCCCAACACGCAAAGGGCAUUGGUGCCGUUCAGGCUUUGGCAUUGAUCGGAAAACAUGGUUCUGUGGAGAAUGACAGGCUGUUCUCUCCGGGGGGGCGGGGAGGCUUUGGGUGAUCUGCCCUUUCCCAGCAGGGGUGAGGAGGGAAGGGAGGAUGACUCUUGUCAUCGGAGUCAUGGGUUUUGGGAAUGAAUUUUGCUGAAUACUCUCCUUCUCUCUGGGGAAAAAAAAAAAAAUCCUUGUCAGUAAAAAGAUGUUUUCCCGGUGGGUCCCUGGGCAGGACGGUGGUCCUGGUGCGGGCAGGGGGUUCUUGGUGCCCAGCCUGAGAUUGGCAAAGGCCUGCUGAGGUGCUUGAGGCUCGAAGAUCUCCGGCCUCCUCAGAGGGUCGCCUCGUUGGACGACAGAUCUGUGCCAACCCCCUCGUGAGGCAAAGCUGGUCCAGGCCGUUCGGUUCAGGGUGCAGGGCUGAGACCUCUUCCAGGCUGGGAGUCUUCCCUGAGGGAGGCCACACCUCCUCACGGGGCGGGGGCUGCCAGGACCGGUCACCCCCGAGAAGGGGUGCUGGCUGUGGGCAAGGCGGGCGGUCAGAGAACCCAGCGGGUGGUCCCCUGGCCUCCUCCCCGGUGCCCCCCGCCCUGGUCCCCUUCGUGCACAGCGAGGGGACCCUGGCCUCCUCCCUGGCGCCCCCCGCCCCGGUCCCCUUCGUGCACAGCGAGGGGACCCUGGCCUCCUCCCCGGUGCCCCCCGCCCCGGUCCCCUUUGUGCACAGCGAGGGGACCCUGGCCUGCUGGUGCAUUGGCGUCCCUGUCACAGCCGGUGUGUGUUGUGGGUAUUGACUUUGCUCUGUCCCUCU